UUUUUCUUUUCACCAGCAGGUUCUACUGAAAAGAAAGUUGAACAUUUAUCCCUGAAUCAAGAAGAUAACACUGCACACCCUAUCCGGAAUGGUAAAGCAAGUCCAGUAUCUAAAGAUCAGCGGGCCAGAAAGAAGAUGUUAGAGAAUUCAUCAGUACGGGGUCAAGUGCAAAAGGGGAAUGAUGACUCUGAAAGUGAUUUUGAAUCAGACCCCCCUUCUCCUAAGAGCAGUGAAGAGGAAGAGCAAGAGGAUGAAGAAAUUCAGGGAGAGCAAGAUUUUAAUGAUGAUGAUACUGAACCGGAGAAUCUGGGUCAUAGGCCUCUCCUCAUGGAUUCUGAAGAUGAAGAAGAAGAGGAGAAACAUAGCUCUGAUUCUGAGUAUGAGCAGGCUAAAACAAAGUACGGUGACAUGAACCCUGUCUGCAAAGAAAAACUUGGCAGUGAACCAACCCAGGACCCUAUUACAGCUCUCCUCACUCCAACUCAUUUAUCUGCUAAUGCUGGGGUAGACACUCCCAAACUGGAGUUUGAUGUGUUUGGCGCUGUCCCCUUCUUUGCAGUUCACACUCAACAGUCCCAGCAAGGAGAGAAUGAAAAGAACCUCUGUCAACAGAUGUUUCCUACCAGGGGACUAGAGCAAGAGGAGUUUGAUGUAUUCACAAAGGCGCCAUUUAGCAAGAAGGUGAAUGUACAGGAUUGCCCUGUAGUGGGGCCGGAGGCGCAUAUUCUCUCUGGUUGUCCCAAAAGUGUAGAUAUAUUUGGCUCCACUCCCUUUCAGCCCUUUCCCACAUCCACGAGUAAAAGUGAAAGCAAAGAGGACCUUUUUGGGCUUGUGCCCUUUGAGGAAAUAACUGGGAGCCAGCAGCAGAAAGUCAAACAGCGCAGCUUACAGAAACUGUCCUCUCGCCAAAGGCGCACAAAGCAGGAUAUAUCCAAAAGUAAUGGGAAGCGGCAUCACGGCACACCAACUAGCACAAAGAAGACUUUGAAGCCUGCCUACCGCACUCCAGAGAGGGCUCGCAGGCACAAAAAAGUGGGCCGCCGAGACUCUCAAAGCAGCAAUGAAUUUUUAACCAUCUCGGACUCUAAAGAGAACAUUAGCAUUGCAUUGACUGAUGGGAAAGACAGAGGGAAUGUCCUACAACCUGAGGAAAGUCUGUUGGACCCCUUUGGUGCCAAGCCCUUCCAUCCUCCAGACCUGCCAUGGCACCAGUCACAUCAAGGCCUGAGUGACAUCUGUGCUGAUCACAAUGCUGUCCUGCCUGGGCGGCCGAGACAGAACUCACUACAUGGGUCUUUCCAUAGUGCAGAUGCAUUGAAAAUGGAUGACUUUGGUGCCGUGCCCUUUACAGAACUUGUGGUGCAAAGCAUCACACCACAUCAGUCCCAACAGUCUCAACCAGUUGAAUUAGACCCAUUUGGUGCUGCUCCAUUUCCUUCUAAACAGUAGAUACUUCUGAUGGAUUCUUGGUAUUAACUCCUGUUUCAAGAGUAUGAAUAGUUUUAUGAAUUUUAAAAGAAAAUUUAUUUGUAUAUCUCUUUAUAUCAUUCAUUCUUACAAGUCAAACCAGAUAGGUGAUUUUUAAAUAAACCAAAUAGAAAAAGGAAGUCUCCCUACAGAGUAGUAACCGGAUGCUUCUUCCAAGCAGGAGGAAAAGGAGCUGAAUUCUGAAUUGAAAGCUCUAACAGUGGGUUUCUGCUGUUGACACUGGGACACAGAAAUGCAAGGGGGCACUUGCAGUGAAAGGUCAAGGGGGCCGAAGGGACAGGAAAGUUGUAUCAUUUUUCUUGGUAUUCGAAUAUCACUUAACGUGCAUAUCCAGGCUCAUUGCAGAUCCAGCAUUUAAAACUAGGCUGAUUUGUACACAUACGUUGCAUUUGUGAACUUUAAGGUCUCAGAUUACUUUUCACUGUUUCUAAUUUUCACACAGUGAAAAGUAAUCUAACUUGUAAAGAACUAGGAAGAUACUAUCUGGACAGUAUAGAUGUCAGUUCAUAUCCCUUUCUCUAUAAAGCAGAGCCAGAAGUAACUAUUGUGCCUAAAACGCUGUUGCAUUUUAAAAACAAGUGCCAUUAAUAUGGAAUAUCUAAUGACAAUUAUGUGAAAUAAUGCAUAUGUUAGCUUAAUUUUGUCCUUCUGCAAUGUAUACAUAUUUUAAAAUAUGUUGUACAUGAUAUAUACAGUUGUCAAUAAGAAAUAAACUUUUAAAAUAUGGAAUAUCUAAUAGAAGCCUAGAACAAAAAU